AUGGCAGAGAUUGAUGAUCAACGCAGCAGAGUCCCAGAGCCAGUGUUCUUGGGCGUUGUAUGGGCUCUCACGGGCAUGUCGUUUAUAUUUGUUGUAUUUCGUGUCUAUGCUCAAAUUACCGCAUUUCGUCGACUAUUCCUGGAUGAUUCCCUCGUUGUCCUCUCAUGGAUUAUUAUACUCAUAGCCGUGGUCGUUUGGCAAAUCCUGGGGAAGAUUCUUUACGAGUUAUACGCGAUCAGCGCUGGCACAAAGCCAUUCACCCUUGAAUUCCUUCCGAGGUACUAUACAUUCAUGCGCUUUAAUGCUCCGUUUGAGAUAUUAUUUUACUCGGCGCUGUGGUGUGUUAAAUUCUCAUUCAUGGCACUCUUCUACCGAAUCAGUGCCAAGGUCAAGUCUCUCCGUAUCUGGUGGUUCGUGGUCCUUUUCUGUACAGCGAGUGUUUUUAUUGCAUCGGUGGCCGAUAUCGAAUACAAAUGCAGUUUCGGCGGAGGGCAGGAUUAUAUCAUCACUGAAUGUCCCCAGCCUAAUCACGUUCAUUAUGAGAAUCGCAUGCUCUGGGCCAACUGUGCUGGAGAUGUUACCGCGGACUUGAUGAUUCUGUCUAUUCCCUUCCUUGCGCUGUGGAAAACGCGAAUCUCGCUCCGCAAAAAGCUCAUCCUGCUCAGCAUUUUCUCGGCGACUAUCUUCAUUAUGGUCACCGCUAUACUCCGAGUGGCCGUCGGGAUGACCUAUGACGGUCAGAUGAAUAUUGACUGGCUAUGUUUCUGGAGCUUUGUUGAGGUGGAUGUUGCCAUUAUUGUCUCCUGUGUCGCCUCUCUCCGGCAGCUCUUCGUAGCUUCACAGAAUCAGAGCUCAUCUGUAAAAGCAGCUUACAAUGAUACGAACGAGCCCAUUCUGAAAAAGGCAAAAGAGGGGUAUAGCCAGAAUCUGUCGCGGUCUGGUGGGGAUAUCGAAGCACCCACCAAUGAUGAUGUCCCCAUGUCUCCAUUGAGUGUUGUACAUGUUCUUCAAGAGUUUGAAGUGACUCGCGUUGAUGCAGGCCAGUCUACUAAUGGUGACGAGUCAUAUAGACAUCAGACUAGCUUUGCCUAG